AUGAGUGUCACUGAAGUUGAACGCCGGUGCAAUGAGCUUCGGCAGGAUCUGAAGACGUGGGAGAAGCAAUUCACUGCACAAAAUGGAGGACGGAAAGCAGGGCGCGAGGACAUCAAGGCGAAUGCGGAGAUAUCCCAAAAGUAUAAAGAAUACAAUAAAUUACGAAGCCGUCUAUCUGGAAAACCGGAGCCGUCAACACCCUCAAAACGAGCCUCACGACCCAAGUCCCGCAAUGACAUCGAACGUACACCAAAAGCCCCACCGAAACAACCUACAUUUACGCCUAUGAAGAGGAAAAGGGAGAGGGAUGACGAGGAUACAGUAGAGAAUAUAGAUCCUGAUACCGAAAACGUCAUCCCGUCCCCAGAAGGUCCUGCGUUCAUUGGUCCCACACCUCAACGGAACGGCAUAGUACUGGGCUUGUUUGAUCUCCUCCCAGAGGGAACGCCAAGUAAGAAAAAGACAGUGCUGGGCAGCGCAGAACCAAACAUACCUCAGACACCAAGCAAGGCCAGCGAGGCUUCGAUAGAACCACGAGCGCGUGGGGAGCGGACACCACUUUCAGCGGGCAAGCGAUUCCUUCUGAGUCAGUUUGUGACGCCGAAGAAGAGAAAACUGGAUGAUCAAGGGACACCAUCUACAAUCCGUGGGCUUGCAACACCUGCAUUCCUCCGCCGAGAUAACAUGCUAAGCGCAAUUGAGGAAGAUGACGAGCCUGUACCCCGUCCCCUGCCCUGGAAACGGCGCGGUAUGGGACGAAGUUUGAGUUCUAUGAUCCAGGCUAUGAAGAAGGACGAGGAGGAUCGAUUGGACGACGAAGCAGACAUUAUGCGGGAGAUGGAGAUGGAGGAGCAAGGCAUCUCAGAGCCUAAGAUACCGAAAGUACCGCACAUCCAGAUUGAAGACAGUCAAACAGAUAUGCCAUUGGGUCCUGAUCGUGGCCUGGAAUCCGAAGAAGACAGUGACGGAGAGCCAGAACUCGGUCGUGACGGCAAGCCGAGAAAGGCAUGGAAGAAGAAGGGUCUCAAGAGGCAGACAAGGCGUGUUAUCAUGCGACCCAAUGUUGCGAAGCCAAAGGCCGAGCCUGUAUUGCAACAAGAAGAAUCUGGAGACGAAGAGGCAGCAGUGCUCGAGACACAGGUACAAGCAAAUGGGGCCACAGAGGAUAUGGAAUCUGAGGAUGAGGGCUCCGUCUACGCGAGUGAUGCUUCGCAUACACCAAAGAAACGCAAGACACAAGCCAAGAAAGUUGAGGAUCACACGGAGAAGCCAAAGGAAGGCAUAGUGAAGAAAGCAGCGCGAAAGAUCAAGGCAACAGCCAACGCAAACUACCGACGACUCAAUAUCAAAGGCAAAGCAGCGACGAACGGUGCAAAGAUAAGCAACAAGGUGCCACGGGCUGUUGGCGGCAAGCAUGGCACCCAAUCGGGCCAGAAAGGUAGCAGGGGGAGUAGUUCCCGAACACGGCAUACCCGCGCGAUUACAAUGAAAGAGUGUCUUCGUCUGGAUGCACUGACGUUUGAAGGCUAUGAGAUAUCAUGGCGGGCGGCCAUCUCACCUCCACUAGCGCGGCCAGCACCUCCGACGCCGAAAGCUGCGCCUAAGCUUGCCCUCGCCGCAACAAACACCAACAUCAAGACCAAGACCAACAACAUCACAUCGACAUCGACAUCGACAGGCCCACCUGCACACUCACCCCACGCAUCUGUUGCCUCGACAUCUACAUCUGCAUUGACAGCAUCCGCACACGCAUUCAUCAUGGCCGAAAAGGAACUCCAGACGGCGCUCCAACAGCUCCGACAGACACUCCAAUCACACAACUACCAACAGUCGACCACGCUCCUGUCCAAAGCCAAAAUUGCCCUCCUCAACCUCAACGCCCUCAUCCCACAAGAAAAGUCGCCACGCAAACACCUCCAAGCCGCACGUGAGACGCUUGAGCUCGGCGCCAUCAUCUCCAUUCGCCUCAAAGAUACGGUUUCCUUCACCCGCUACUUCCAGCAACUGCAGCCUUUCUACUCGCUGCCGGAAUCGACAUUACCCCGUGAUGGUAGCAAUGCAAGCAAGGUCACGGGAUUGUACUUGCUCCUCCUAUUGAGUGAGGGAGACUAUGCGGGGUUCCACACGCUGCUAGAGACGCUCGAGGUGGCGGCUGCGCAGGCGGGCAGCAAGUUGGAGGACGAUACAUUCAUCCAGUAUCCCAUCCGGUUGGAGCAGGCGCUUAUGGAGGGGAGUUAUGAUAGGGUGUGGGGUGAGACCAAGAAGGAGAGGGUGCCUAGUGAAGAGUUUGGGCUGUUUACUGAGAUCCUUAUCGGCACCAUCCGCAAGGAAAUCGCUUCCUGCAGCGAGCGCGCAUACCCCUCCAUCCCCAUCUCAGAUGCCAAGUCUCUCCUCUUCCUUGAAUCAGAAGGCAGCGUUGUCAACUUUGCAAAGGAGUUUGGUUGGGUUGUCAAAGAUGGACGGAUAUACUUCCCUCAGCAGGAAGAGGACUAUCUUAGCAAGGACAUCUUGGUCACCAGUGACCAGGUCAUCGAGAACACCUUGGGAUAUGCGAGGGAGCUGGAGACGAUUGUCUGA